AUGGAUGCCCCCGUAUGGAAGUUUUACCUACGCUCACUACUACAGCAGCACAUUGCACGCCCUUCUCUACUACUCGUAAAUAACUUAGAGUGUCAUGUCUCGGGCGAGUCUGAGGCAAUUGGGUCGGACGAGCUUAUGUCUGUGCUCCAGCCAUUACCUAAGAAUGCACCUCAGUUUGCCAAACCCUUAGAUGUUGCAACGACUGCUAAGGAAAAACGCCUAGCUACGAUAAAGCGUGUCAUAACAGCUUGGGAAUCCAUUGAAGCUGCCACCAUCACGAGUGCAUUUAACAAAGCACUUAAAACCAACUUUUAG